AGAAGUAGUCCUGUUGUUCAGUGCAUUGGUGUCCUCUGGUGCAGACAUGGGGAUGCAAACCCAGGCUCUUGUUUCUGCUAAAUGGCUUGCAAACAUGGUCCAACGCAACCUUGUGGGACCGGGUCUGCGGAUCCUGGACACGUCCUGGUACCUGCCCAUGAUGAACCGGGACGGCAGGAAAGAGUUUGCACGAACCCACAUUCCGGGGGCUUCGUUUUUUGACAUAGACGAGUGUUCAGACACCACCUCAGAGUUUGCCCACACGCUGCCCACGGAGGAGUUUUUCGCGGACUACGUGGGGAACCUGGGCAUCGGGAAUAACAGCCAUGUGGUUGUGUACGACGCCAGUGACUAUGGAGCCUUUUCGUGCACCAGGGUCUGGUGGAUGUUCCGUCUGUUUGGACACCCACAAGUGUCGGUGCUGAACGGGGGCUUCAGGAACUGGGUCAAGGAGGGACAUCCGGUCUCAGGAACCUACACCAAACCAGAACCGGCCCAGUUCACGGCCACUAUGAACCGCUCCUGGGUGAAGUCAUUUGAGGACAUGACCGAAAACAUGACGUCACAGAAGUUCCAGGUGGUGGACAUGAGGCCCUACAACAGGUUCCGAGGACUAGAGCCAGAACCUAGAGAGGGUUUUGAUCCUGGCCACAUCCCAGGGUCCAAAUGCAUGCCUUUCUUCAGUUUCCUCGACGAUGACGGCAUGAUGCUUUCCCCUGAAGCACUGAAGAAGUUAUUCGAGAAGAGAAAGGUGGACCUGAGCAAACCCAUCUGUGGGACCUGUGGGUCUGGUGUGACUGCUUGCCACAUGGUACUGGGUGCCCAUCUGUGUGGGGCCCCUGGGGCUUCUGUGUACGACGGGUCCUGGUAUGAGUGGUUCAUCAAGGCCCCACCCGAGCACAUCGCCUCUGAGGCUAAAAGCAAGCUGUGAGGAUGAAAUGACAAAGCUUUAUGGGUAAAUCAGUAUUUUAAAAAAAUCACUGGGACUGAUGUGAUUAUCAGACACUUUAACAAAAGUAUUGAAAUAUUUCUUAUUGUCAUUUAAGAAAUUCACAUGACCAACUAGACCAGGGGUGUCAAACUCAUUUUAGUUCAGGGGCCGCAUACAGUCUAAUAUUAUCUCACGGGGGCCAGACCAAUAAAAUAAUAACAGUUGAAAAAGUCAAAUUACAUGAUGAAAAUGUGUGCAUCUACAACUUAUUCUUUAAAAAAUGUAAAUAACAAUAACAACCUGAAAAUUCUGGAGAAAAAAAGGUGCAACACUAUAUGACAACACUAUUAUUCCCCCAAUAUUAUACCUUUACACUAGAGAGAAAAUUUGGAGUUAUUAUUAGUAGGUUAUUAUGGUAAUAUUUUACUAAUCCAGCCCACUUGAGACAAAAGUAGGGCUUUCUAUGGUCCCCUAAACUAAAAUGACUGAUUGUUAAUAUCUUCAGUGUAAUUUGUUCAUUUCAUAAAUCCAUCCCACAGGCCAGAUUGGACCCUUUGGGAGGCCUGUUUUGGCCCCCGGGCCACAUGUUUGACACCCCUGAACUAGACCCUGAUUACUGGUUAUUCACAGGGAGUACUAAGCACAAGUCCAUGAAUCCAGUAGACUUUAAAAUGCAAAUACCAGAACAGAAGAACUUACAAUUCACAUAACAGGUUUAUUUUCUGUUCUGGCGCAUUUGCAUUCUCUACAUUUUGCAGGAAUUUACAUAUUGAGCCCAGGCUAUAGUGGUGCUUCUAAUUUAUUGAUUUAUUUUGCUUUCUAAUGACAAAGCUAGACUAUGUACAGGAAGGCACAAAUAUGUAUUAACUUUUUAUUGUGAUUUAAAAUAAUACAGCCUGUUUUUAUUGAAAUAUGUUGUGAUCAACA